UCUACAUACUGUACAUGUUUGAGUGCCAUAUGGUAGCAUCACAUGUGACUCGCUUUGUAAGGUUCAAGAUGGGCUAGAAUCUUCUAAAACUUCGCUCUUAAGAUGAAUAGAGAAAAAAAGUCUUGGAACUUUUUCUUAAGAGCACCAGGAGAUGGGAGACGAUGCUUGUAGUUCAAACCUUUGUCUUCUUUCUUGUCUUGAGGUUGUCUGACGGGAGGUCCUUGGACGACUCCUUGGGUAUCUCGCCCUGGCUCCUUGCAGCUUCUGAGACGCUCUCUGAGACGGACGCAGGGAGUGGUGAAGACCCGGGAAGCGGCUAUGAUGUAAACUUGCCGUCGACAGAACCACCCCCCGUCAAAGACGCGACCUUCGCAGUCAACCCCGUUCUGCAACAUACCUGUCGGCGCGAAGAGGCUGAUGGGUAUCUGUGGUCGGAAACCCCUGCCCCGGGUUUAGCAGAGGUCCCGUGUAUCGGGGAGGAGGCGGAUGUUGGGCGGGUGGCAAGCCGUGAGUGCGGGAUAGUGGAGAUGCCAGAGUACGGCUACUCCGUGGCCUUCUGGCGGGGUCCGGACUGCAGCACGUGCCGCGUCUGUAAACCUGCCACCAAGUCGUGCAAGGGGGAGAGCAGCUACGAGAUGGACUGGGAGGAAACUCCUAUAGGAGAGAUAGUAGAGAAGCCGUGUGAUGAGCGGCUGGGCCUGAGAGGGUUCAGUGUGAAGAGACGGUGUGUGGAGUACUCACCCCUCAGUAUGGCCGUGUGGGAGGGUUAACGUUUGUUUGUUUGUUUGUUUGUUUGUUUACCAGGAGAGAUAGUAGAGAAGCCGUGUGAUGAGCGGCUGGGCCUGAGAGGGUUCAGUGUGAAGAGACGGUGUGUGGAGUACCCGCCCCUCAGUAUGGCCGUGUGGGAGGGUUGACGU